AACAAUCAUCCUGAUUUUGGUAAUGAGAGUACAGAUGUAGUGCAUGGUACAAUAUUGAGUUGUAAACAAUGGGUGACUAUUUUGAAGAAGAAAUGGAGGAGGUGCAGGACACAGCUGGUAUAGUCAUUGAUGACUAUGAUGGCUAUGAUGAGGAAUAUUUUGAAGAAGAUGCUGGUACCUUUGGUCAAGAAAGUGAGUCAAGUCAAACUUCAGCCCAACAGAUGCCUGGUCCUUCAGAAAGACUUGCUGCUCGUCUCAGUGUGGACUCGACUCACACCAGCGGUGUGUCCGCCAGCUGUGAUGCUGGUGAUGCCGGCAACUUCCAGGAAAAUAACACAAAAUGUGCAAUGGAGACUGUGACAGAGACAGAGACUGAUGAGGUUGAGGAGAUAGAAGAGGAAGAAGUAGAGGAGGAAGAGGAAGAAGAAGAGGAAGAUAAAGAAGAAUAUGAGAGAUUCAACAGAACUGAGGUGGUGGAUUCCAGAACUUCAGUCCUCAACAGGCUGGGGCCCCGGCUCUCUGAUGCUCCGGCAUCCACCACACCUGCUGCAGCUGCUGCAGCUCCUGCCAGUGCUGCUACUGGGAAGAACUUCCCAUCAAGCCAGAGCGUGGGUGUGUUCAGGAGACUCAUCCUCAUCAACAAUGUGCCGGUGUCAACCACGCCCCAACAGAUGAUUGAUCAUGUCAAGUCUAUGCUGAAAGGUCGCGUGACGCUAGAGCUUUUCGACGGCAUCUACAACGGCAUGUGCGUCGUGAGUCUGUCCAUCAUGAACGCCACAAGGGCCGUUGCUGCUAACCUAAGCCAGAACUUCUUCAACAGCCGCAAGCUUCUUGCCAAGCUGAUGGUGGCAUCAGACAUGGAGAUGUACGUUAAGAACAAGCUGCACCACGCCCCUCCUGGGGGGGAUGCAACUGACAACAACGCCCUGUGGGUCGUGGUGAUGACGGGACUCAACCGCGACAGUAACGAGGACCUUCUUCGUGCAGCUGUUGGCAAAGAAGUUGCGUCGCUGGUGAACUUGCAGCUCGUCAAGAAGAAGAAGAACAAAGGCAGCGGCAUGGCGCUGCUGGUUGCCCCCAACAAGCUGGAAGCUGACAAUCUUGUGAACCUCUUCCAGAACCGAAGCAUCGACGGCAGUCUUGUCAAGAUGUGCCCUCUCUAUAGGGGGUACAAGUCCUCCGCACCGGCCUCUCCUGGGGCACCCCUUGUUUGCACACGAGCCCCAGCCGCUGAGAGGCCAGCGGCCCCACCUAAGCCGGGCCCCGAGGCCCGAGUAUGGGCAGUGGAGCGGGCCAUCAAGCUGAACAGCCUGCGCGAGCUGAUGCAGCGCUCCAAGGGCAGCGCCUGCCGAGUGAACGUCACGAACGUCGCGUACUCCGUCACCGAGGACGACAUGAUCGAGGCCGUCAACUCCAGAGUGGGUGGUCUGCAGUACAUUUUGCCCUUCCGCAACAACCAAGGCUGCUUCAAUGGCAAUAUGUUGCUCGAGUUCGUCACACCGACCGCCGCCAAGAAAUUCUACGCGGUUAUGCAGAAGUUCAAUCUUAAGCAAAGGCAGAUUUUUCUGCGCAUGGACACUGACGCGCCCCGCGAUCUGCAAGGAAAUGUAUUACCAGAACGCGGAACGCCAAAUUCUGGAAGCGAUAUGCCAUACCGAAACGCUGCUUACGACGGUCCUCCUCAGGCGCCGAGGCCUGACAUGCCGGUAAUGGGACCGCCUAUUGACGCUCCUAAUUACGGUCUGCCUCACCCUCCUAUUCACCCUAUGGACCGUGGACCAAUAGGUCAUGAAAUACCUCCCUUUGAUUACAAUGAUCCGGCCCACACUUUGAUUGGUGCAAGACUGGAACCGAUGCUUCAUCCUGUCGCUGCUGCUGCUGCUGCUCUCCCGGUGCCCCCGCCGAUUGCAUUUCCAGAUCCUGCCAACGAGACCUACGGUCUCUCUCCUGACUACCUCAACAAUUUGAACAUCGAGCUUCCGCUUGUGCCCAAAGUUCUGAUAAGUAACGUUGAUCCUAGGGCGAGCGAGAACGAUGUGGGUGAUCUGCUCAGCGUGGCUGGCUCCGUGGCUACUGUGCAGAUCAACAGGCAUCUGCAACAAGCUAUUGUUGAAAUGGCUCAUCCCGUGGAAGCUGUAGAAGCAAUAUCCCGACUUAACAGACACCCCUUGUACGAUCAGUCGAUAGCUGUUCGUUUAUGUCGCCGAAGAGACUUCGAGAUGGUGAACGGUCUCCCUAUCACAGACGAUAUUCCAGUCCCCUCUGGUAUCGGCGUCCAUGGUGCCGGUGUAUCGCCUGCUUUUGGUCAAAUGCAUCUCAACAAUCCUUUCCCUCAUUCUGGAUUUGAUCCGAUCUCUGAACAUUCAAUGCCUCCUAUGGGAGGCCAUAAUUUUCGUGGCCCAUCCGAUGUUCCCGCUGGUACCAUGCCCCAUGAUGACCUCCGAUCAAGCCUUUCUCGACCUGGUUUCGCAGGACAUAGACCAGGUCAUAGUUCAGGAGGAGUUCUUCAUGGCGACCUUCACCGGAGUUCUCCCUCCACAGAUAUGAGUUUGCGCAACGACGUUUAUGACAGAGCAUUAGGUCGUCCUCUCCCUUACACCAAUGCUCAUGAUAGAGCAAGUAAUGCCUCGAACAUUAGUGGUCGCACUGAGGAGAUUCACGUGCCUUUUGGAAUCGGGAAACAAACAUCUGCAGCGGGGAGGGCUCCUGUCAAUAGCUCUUUGGCCAACCGAGAUGCCCUCGCAACUCAGAGCGGAAGGGGUCUUCCCAACCAACAACUGACCAGAUGUUCUGAAACUCCACCAUCAGGAAGAGGUGCUGGUAGAGGUGCUGCUAAUGCUCCUGCUGGAAGAGGUGCUGCCAAUAUUCCUGCUGGAAGAGGAGCGGCCAAUGUUCCUCCUGGUAGAGGUGCUGCUAAUGCUCCUGCUAGAAAAGGAGCGGCCAAUAUUCCUGCUGGAAAAGGAGCGGCCAAUAUUCCUGCUGGAAGAGGAGUGACCAAUGUUCCUGCUGGUAGAGGUGCCGCUAAUGCUCCUGCUGGAAGAGGAACGGCCAAUGUUCCUGCUGGUAGAGGUGCCACUAACACUACUACUGCUGGUAGAGGGGCAGGUAACAUUUAUUCAAGACCAGGGAUUAACGGCUCUGCUGCUGCUGGUCCGGAUGCAGACAAAAUUCCUACCGCCCAGGGUAUUACUAGCGAUGUUCCAGCAGGGAUCGGAUCUACUAAGACUCAUCCUCCCUGCUUACGCACUCGAAUCGAAGCUCCCAUUAACAUGUCCAGUGCGAGCAGUUCUGUUGAUUCACCUGCGGUUAAAGCUACCUUCCCCAAUCCGGCGGCAAGAGUGGUCUCUUCGAUGGGCUCAGGAACGUCCAUCAAUUAUACCGCUCGUGUCGGAACAGCAACUGAUGUAGGUGUUGGGAGGGGAACCAAAAGCGAUUCUAGUGAUGAUAUGAAGGAUAAAAUUAACAGGGCCUUUGGUAAAACGGAGAAUGAAAUCUCGGGCAGUGCGUUCGAAGGCUCGGGCGUCAGUACACCUGUUGAGAGCACAAACGUUGCCUCCCAACCUGCUUUAAGUGUUUCUAAUACUAAAACAACCAAUACUGCUUCGCUGCCCGUUGAAACCGCUCGUAGUUCGCAAGAUUUUCGUGGUAGGAUGAACUAUUUUUCAACUCGGGAGGGAUUUUCUAUUACACCUUCAAAGAAUUCACUGCUGAAAGACAAUGCUGAUCAAAGAAUCGUUAAUAGUACGAAAAAUCAAAUCAUUGAUUGUGUAGAUCCUAACCAGCCUUUUGAUGGGAAAGCAUCAUUUGGCGGGAAGUCAGAUAAGAUUCCUGGUUUGGGAGAAAUUAAUGGUAACGUUGUUAAAAAUAAUGAUGACUUGAUGCGUGAAAAGAAUGAGCCAACAAAUCAAAAUGAGGCGUUUGGCAGUAAGUUAGCUGGUUUUGGGAAAGCAAAAGAUGACCUCACGCCAUCUAGCGUCGCAAUUGGAUUAUCCUCGAAAGCGACCGGUGCAUCUCACACUACAAAUUUGUCCCGUGAUCUCAACAGAAAAAAUCCCGCAGCGAAAGAACAUUUUGGAAUAGAUCAUGAUUCAACUACGCAUGAGAAAGCUGCUAAUAAGCCUCUUGAUGAAUCCAUUACCUCAGACGAUACGCUGCACACUUCAGGGGGUGUGUGGAGAAGUGGUUCUGCUCCAAAUCAAUCGCACGAGACCGCAAGCAAGUCCCGUGAAAAUACCACGGUUGACCAGUGGAAGACUGGCGGGUCGAAGCGAGACCUUGCUGACAAUUCCAAUGAAGCAAGUUCAGCUGAUUCAACUACACGAUACGCUGCACACUUCAGGGGGUGUGUGGAGAAUGUGUGGAGAAGUGGUUCUGCUCCAAAUCAAUCGCACGAGACCGCAAGCAAGUCCCGUGAAAAUACUACGGUUGACCAGUGGAAGACUGGCGGGUCGAAGCGAGACCUUGCUGACAAUUCCAAUGAAGCAAGUUCAGCUGGCUCAAAUGCCAAACGGAUGAGGAAUGAUUACUAUGGCGAACCUAUGGACUACCAGUCUGGCCGAACUGUGGAUAACUAUUCUUCGUCGAGUCGAGAUACCGACAACCCCUACCUCCGUGAAAAGAGUAGGAUGGAUUCGGCAAAUCGGGUUGAUCCACCUAGUUCCUCGUAUGGUAAGCCCUCUACCGAUGAAACUUUCCGUGAUCCAUUGGCUCCUGAAGGGCAUUCUAGUGCUAGAACCUCAAUAGCUCCAACGAGUUCGUUUAAUCAUUCUAAAUUCGAGACUCCUGAACGAACUGUUCAGAAAGGAUCGGUUAAUGGCAUUUCAAGCUACGAGCAUAAUCGCCAAGCUGACUUUGAAACCCGUGGCGUCGCCACCGUGAUUCCAAGAAACAUUGCCAAUGCACCGUUGACUGUUGAUUACCAGCACAAGUCAAGCAUAGUGCCUCAGAUAUCGAACAGCGUCAGUAAUCCGAUGGCUCAAAGUAGCAAUGAGAACCCAUACCUCCGAGGAGAUUCUCCUAUCCGCGACAGUGGGAGGAACAAUUCCGCGCAAUAUUCGCAAUGGAAUUCUAGAGGUAGUGGUCGUUACGAAAAUUCUGCUAAAUCAUUCGAAAGCAGAGAUGUUGGAAGGCCCGCUUGGAAUGAAAGUAUCACGAACCUUCCGCAAAAGGCGGUAACCAAAGAUUGGCAUCACGGUUCGGAUCGAGAUUUUAGCCGCCCUCCAAAUACCUAUCAAAACCAUUCUAGGUACCCUCAAAGUGGUUCCACGACAGCCCCUUCGGGACCAAGUUACAACUACCGGCAACCGUAUUCUUCUCAUACUUAUGCAUCCCAUUCGGCUGGCCUUGGAGCGGAGUAUCAGCCACGGCUUCCGGAACUACAUGGCCCGCCUGUGGGUGCAAGCUUGGGAAGAACUUCGCUGUUCUCUUCAUCACAGUCUGCAAAGCUUGUAAUCAAUAACCUGCCAGGUCACGUGAACAAGCGCGACAUCUCAGAUCUCUGCAGCCGGUUUGGCGUCGUACGUGACAUCGAACUCGACACGCGUCUCUUCAAAAGCCGCGUGGUCUUCUCCAGUGUACACGAGGCGCAGAUGGCAGCUAAGGAGCUGAAUGAUCUGGUGUACCGCGGGUCUACGCUGCGGGCGCUGGUGGCCUGAGCGGCGGCGGGUGGUGGGCAACCCACGCGCUCAAUACAUGAUAUCCGCUGCCAGCUAAGGAGAAGCCGCGCACCCUGGAACAGUACACCUAUUCUAUCUCAAUUCAUAUAUAGAAUAUGUACUUGAUUUAAUUGUAAAUUACUACUUAUUAUAUUAGUUCGUAAUUACUGGUGUAAGAGUUAACUUUUUCGUGAGUAUCAACCACGUUUAUUCCACGGACGUUACUUGUGACACAAAUCAGUGUUCAACUCGUGUUGAAGAAUUGAUGCAUGGGCGUUUCAUGCUGUGUUGUCCCUUUGGUUUUGAUGAACGUGCUCUCAAUUGUGCCACCCUCGGCCCGAUUUUGUUGGAAUUUGACUCAAAAGUGUGUCAUUACGAUGUGCAUUUAGCUUACAAAAUUUGCUUUUGCCCUCGUCAGAGAGACUAGAAUUCUACAACGUUCUAAUGUACAGAGUGUAAAGGUAAUCUUGUGCAGUUCGAUAAGGAUAGGAAUCACGGAAUGGGUCUCAUUUAUAUUUUCAGGUCCUGAUACUGUUGACCCGUAGCAAUGAUACGAGUUUGGUCUUACUACUAUUGACCCGUUUAAUGGUACAAGGAAGCCAUACUACUGGUGCCCAGGGGCAAUGAUACGAGAUAUCCUUUCUUUUUGUAAAGCUAUUUCUGAGGUCGGAUGGGUCUCCUCAAAGUAACUGACCGCAACCAACACUCAGCAACGUGGCGGAGGAUUCCUUACCUCCACUCUUUGGUGACUUGGGCUGCUCCCUCCACCACUUCCCUGCCCACAGUUCAGUAGACCUUCCCUACGGUGAUCGGAAUGCUAUGUCUGCAAAUGCAUUCGUAUCGAGAGUCUUGGGAGCGUGAUUAGCCGCCAGGAGACAGAGUUGAGUUUCACAAUGAUCGUCAAGUCGUGUUCUAUUUCUAAUUCAAUUGUAUAUAGCUUACAACAUGAACAGCAAAUAAUCUUUUGUACCCAAGAUGACGCUAUUAUUUUCGAGAAUCAGUCUCCGAUUGGUCAAUUUGAUGUACCUAUAACUUAUUAUCUUACAUUAAAUUUUGAAGAAUUGCAUGCACCGCGUAUUGGUGGAAUGCAUUUUUGCACAUCUGUUCAUCGCAAUGUAAUCUUUAAGAUAGUUUGAUCGAUUGGAGUAGGAGUAUGUAUAUACAUGCGAUUCGUGUACUCAGCCUAUUUAUUGCCGUUACUUCUGUAUUUUAUGUUCGACGACUGAUGUAGACAAUAUUGGGUUGAUUCUAUAUCAUGCUUCAGGUUUGCUCCGUUGUGUUGUGUGGAGGCGCGUAAUGCUGGGACAAUUUUUGUCCAGAAAGUUGUCGCCUCUACUCCAUGAAUUAUUUGAACUGAACAAACGUAUUUAGCUCAUUGUUCUUUCAUAUCCGGGCCCUACGAAAUACUGUCGAUUAUCAUCUGACUUAUUCCAAUUAUUCAUGUCCUUUGAUGUCUCGGAUUCUUAUUAUUGAAUAGUAAUUUUAAAAUUAUAGUGAACAUUUGUUGAGGUUCCACGGUGCAUUAUGCGUGUGUUUUUUUCACAUGAAUAUUAUUAUAUUUAAUUUGGUAUUCAGCUUUCAAGAGCGUCAGGAAGGUAUUUCUACAUUGAGGUUCCUUACUCAACAGCUGGAACGCUAAAGGGAAAUUAAGCUUGCAGUUUGCGUGGUCAAGUUAGAACCAGAACGUCGUUGUCACAGGAGUCUCUGAGUUUUUGACCAUUGAAUGAUUACUGCGCGUUGUGCAAUGUAUAUAAUAAAUUGUAUUAGAGGU